AAUGCUGAAAUGCUUUACUUAUACUCCUUUCGAUUCUGCUUUGUUUCAAUGUGUCCUUAGCGUAGAGAUAACUCAACUUCAAUUCCUUAUUCUUAAACUUAGUAAGUUUGUCAAAGAGAUCGAUCGCCAUGACAGUCAACGGCACCGAUAACUCCAACGCCGGCAACGCAACAGAUGAUUUUUCCUCCACUACUGCCCCCGAGAAUUCUGGAGGACCCAACCCAGGGGUUCGAAUCAUGACCGGAGGCGGCGGCCUAUAUCCAUCGGGCGGAGGAUAUUAUACUGGCGGCAUGGGCUCAAAUUACCCAAGUAAUGGUGGCUGGGGCAGUGGAAUGGGGGGCAACUAUCCUUCCUCGAAUCCUGGUGUUGAUGGCGGUUGGGGGGUACAGAAUCAACCUCCCUAUCCGAGCAAUAGCUGGGGUAUUGGAUCAAGCGGGACCUUCCCUUCGUCCAACAUUGGCUGGGGCGGUGGUGGAGUUGGUGGAUUGCCUGGAAGGUAUCCUUCGGCUGGUAGUGGCGCCAACGUCAAUGGAUCGCUGACUGGUGUUUACACUGGCCCAUGGUACCAGGAGACAGACGGAAGUUGGAAUCCUGCGGGUGACUCGGCGGGACCAAACGGAGAGUGGGCACCGCUUCGACCAGGCACUAUCAUGCACCCACCGAGUGGAGGAUCAUACAUCUACGGAGGCCAUCAAGGGCCAUGGAGAUCAAACAAUGGCCUCGGCGGUGGCGGCCAUGGUGGCAUCUCAUGGCGGAGCGGAGACUUGGGUUUGGAUAGCGAAGACAACUAAUACGGUGACUUGACCGCUGUUCGCAGUCCUCUUAGGCAGGCUGCUCCUCUCCGGCUCAAGGCUGGAACUAUCGCGCUGAAGAGUGACAGAAGACAGUGUCACGCUGCUCAUUGACGGGCAUCAGAGCAAACGAAGGUGGAUAUUCUUAUUAAAAGAGCAUUUGCAGUCACAAGAAAAGUCAAUUAGUCUUCUAUUUCAAUAAUCAAUGUUUCUGUCAUGG